AUGGCUUCAGCAGGAAAGCCCAACUUGGAUGAUUCAAGACGAAGCACCGGGUCGCCGAAGUUGAAGGGUCGCGAAAAUGCAAAAGAUACCCUUUGCCGUAACGUGACAAUCUACGGCCGAUGUCGAUACGAAGACAAAGGUUGCGCAUUCAACCAUGACCCGCACAGGGUCAACGCCCCGCACGGCACCGACAGCAGCAGUAGCCACAAAAAACGCCUCAAUGUCGACUCUCCCAGCUUCACUCCUUCACUCCUGAAUGGCUCGGCAAAGAAAGUUACCUCCACGACCACCAUCUCCCCGAAGGCUGCCAGCGCAGCCCCGUUUCUCCCCAAGGGCAUAAUAUCACGCUCGAAUGCUUCUACGCCUCCCAUCCGUCAGGAUACGUCGACUCCGGAGUGGACUGUUGCAGAUAUUCCAGACUUCAUACCUCAGGGAUUCGAUACAACUCAAGUGGACCAUUUGCAAGGAAAUGGCAGUGGAGGGAUAUCAGCAGGCGCUUUUGAUCCAUUUGUUGCCCCUUCUGCCACUCCAUUGACCACUCCUGGCGCUGUGGGUCCUCAGAUUACCCCAAAUCCGUAUGUUCAUGAUCCUACCGGUCUUGGUGCCGCAGCAUACUUUGGCGCACAGAACACUUUCCAACAACCUGUUCAAUACCAUCUCUACGCGCCCAUUGGACCACACAAUUCGAAUAUUUUGGGCUACCAAAGGAAUGUCCAUGACUUGUUUCUCCCAAAUGAUUUCCGAGAAGAGCUACAGAAGAAAUCAGCAGCCACAUUGCAGACUCUUCCUAACUCUCAACUUCCAGCACAGAUAGAUCAUUUUCACUCUCUUGUGCCCCUCGACCUCUCACAUCAGAAAAAUGCGGCCAUAUUCGGGUACCCCAGUUGGGUGUACAAAGCACAAUCAAGCAAAGACGGGAACUUUUAUGCUCUAAGGCGGUUAGAAGGUUUCCGCCUGACCAGCGAAAAAGCCAUUCGAUCAGUUCAAAACUGGAAACGAGUCAGCAAUGGCAGCAUAGUGACAGUCCAUGACGCCUUCACGACCCGUAGUUUCCAGGACAGCUCAUUAAUAUUUGUGACUGAUUACCACCCCAUGUCCAAAACUCUAGCUGAACACCAUCUUGGAGGCUCCAAUCGACUUCAAACUCGCCACGCGGGAACACAUAUUCCUGAGCAAAUUCUCUGGAGCUAUGUGACCCAAAUCGCCUCUGCGUUGAAAGCAAUUCACAGUGUAGGAUUGGCUGCACGUGUAAUUGAUGCCAGCAAGGUUUUGCUCACAGGUAAAAAUCGCAUCCGCCUAAAUGCAUGUGCCAUUUUGGAUGUGGUACAGCACGAUUCCCAGCGAUCAGUGGCAGACCUCCAGCAUCAAGACUUGGUCAACUUUGGCCAGUUGAUAGUCACUUUGGGCGCGAAUUCUCCUUCCGUCAUACACAAUCCAACCAAGGUCAUGGAGCAUUUUGCGCGAGCAUACACCCCCCAAUUGAAGAACUCCGUUUUCUGGCUCCUUGGCGCAUUGCAAAAGGACCAAGAACGCAACAUUGAUAUCUUCGUCACCGGCAUCUCCUCCCAACUCAUAUCCACUUUCGACUCCGCCCUCCACCUCGAUGACCAACUCACCUCCGAUCUCUGCCGGGAACUCGAAAACGCGCGUCUCGUCCGCCUCCUCACCAAACUCAAUUUCAUAAACGAACGACCCGAGUACGAACAUGAUCGCCAGUGGUCUGAGAAUGGCGAACGCUACUUCCUAAAGCUAUUCCGCGACUAUGACGUUCUUUCUCCCUUAAAUAACCUUAUUAGAACCAAACAAGUCAUAUACCUUGGAUCAUAA